AUGUCCCAACGAACCCACCGUUCGCUAUACCUUGAUCUUGAAGGUGUGAACCUGUCGCGGCAUGGUAAUAUCUCAAUCUUGCAAAUCUUCAUCUCCCCGCUCGAUGAAAUCUACCUUGUGGAUAUCCAUACGCUCAAGCGGAAGGCAUUCACAGCGUCGAGUUUGAGUUCUGGCGAAACCCUUCUGAGUAUACUCGAAUCGCCUGAUAUACCAAAAGUGUUCUUCGAUGUUCGAAAUGACUCUGAUGCACUUUUCAGUCAUUUUGGUGUUAGACUGGCCGGUAUCAUUGGCCUUCAACUUAUGGAGCUGGCCACCCGGUCUUCCUCGAAGCGAUGCGUCAAUGGAUUGGCCAAGUGCAUCGAGCGUGAUGCCCCCAUUACUGAGACGCAAAGGAAAAUUUGGAAAGAAUCCAAGGAGAAGGGUCGGGAACUGUUCGCUCCAGAGCUGGGAGGAAGUUUUGAGGUUUUCAAUGCCCGCCCACUUCCGGACAGCAUCCUGGCAUAUUGUGCACAGGAUGUCCAUAUCCUGCCUCGCUUGUGGCACCAUUAUGAGCGUCAGUUGUCUCCAACUUGGAAGAAGAGGGUCGCCCAGGAGACUAUUGAGCGUGUGAAGCAAUCUCAAAGUGCCGACUAUGUUGGAAAGGGAAGGCACAUGGCUUUAGGACCCUCCGGAUGGUAUUAA